AUGCCGCCCGCCCGCAGGGGAUGAGCCCUGGGCCAAGCCUGCUUUCAGUCUCCCCAGGGUCUUAGAGGUAAAACAACUUUCCUGGUGGGUGUCCAGAUUCCUCACUCCUGAUGGCAUGCAGCUCCUUCAUUAACUCUUUCAUAGGACUCAAACCCAGUCCUCUGAUAGUGUUUCUUGGUUGCCUCCCUCCCCAAGGGUGGUGCUGGCUUUGGAACCUGUGAUGCCCACCCUUACAUCCUUUCCUUUCACCUCUCCCUCCACACCCACCCUCCCAUGACUCAUACUCUAGACUGGGUGGAGACCCUGGCUGGGGGCCCUGGAGGAGGGCUUGGCAUCUCUAAAAUGUGGAUGAGAUUUUUCUUCCUGAGCCAGGCACCCUUGCCUGCCAUAGUGGGGAAGGUCAGGGAUGGAAAGGACUUCUGGCUUUCAGGAUUGCCUGAUCUGGGGUCAGGGAGGGAGUCUGAGGUAGUGAAGGGAGAACUGGUGUGGGUGACUGAGCCGUGGCCAGAGUCUGUAAUUAUAGAGGUUGGGCAGACAGGCAAUUAGUAUCUCUUGGGGCUGACAGGCUGGUGGGGUGUGCCCAGUAGGCUGGAGGCAGGGGAACCAAGGAGGAAGAGGUGGAAGGCCCUCCACUCAGAGGAGGAGGUGACAGGCUGGCAGCUUCCCUUGGGCCAGGCUGGGGGAUAGGGAUGAAGCUCUGUGACCCUGUCUUGUAGGCCAGGCCUCAUACCUAUCUAGGAGAAAGAAAAGACAUGUGGAAGGAAGCAGAGGCCUGUCUGAAUGAUGCUACCUGAGCCUACACCCAGUGCCACACUGGCCGGCCUAGGCUUGGGUUGCUAGGGGUGGAAAGACCCCUCUGCUGGCCCAGAAGGGGGCUGGCCCAGACUGAGAGGAAGUGGUUUGGGGACUGUCUGUGCAGGAAGUGAGGGCCAUGCCUUUAAUGUGAGCUCCCCUGGAGGAGGUGAUAAUGGAAGCCCCAGUAAUGAGGGGGAUGGGGGAAUUGUAAGCAUUUCAAGAAGUGUGGAGCCUGCCCACUCUAUUUCCUGAUGCCCUGCCAGGUGUUUCCUGACUUAUAGUCUUUCCACCCCACCCUUUGGGGGAAAUUCUGCUUUCUAGUAAGCACAGACACCAGUCAUUGCCACCAGGAAGGCACAUGGGAACAUCCAUUGUCCCUGGGAUGGAUGCCUUGAGAGCUGUGUCCCUCUUCAAUAUCUGGCCUGUUCUCCUUUCUCCCUUCCCCUGCAGGCCUUGGUUCCUGUAAACUCUCAGUCUCCCCAUGUUACCCAAGGCGGAUGCAUGAUGGGAGGCGCCCUGCGGUCCCCUCUUCUUUCUCAGGGACCCAUGAGGGCAGUAAGAGAAGAGAGUGUUGGUGGAGCUAGUGGGAGAAGGCUGGGGGAGGGGCAGGGUCAGAGCUAGAGAAGAGAACAUCCAGAGGGCGCCUGAUGAGGGGAAUGAAGGGUUACCCUCUGCUUCCUGACCUCACUCAUCUGUCACCUUCCUGCAGGGACUCCCAUGGGAUUGCUGGGACCUUGCUGGGUGAGAUGGCACUGUGUGCAAAAAAGCGCCCCCCAGAAGAAGAAAGGAGGGCGCGGGCUAAUGACCGAGAAUACAAUGAGAAAUUCCAGUAUGCGAGUAACUGCAUCAAGACCUCCAAGUACAAUAUUCUCACCUUCCUGCCUGUCAACCUCUUUGAGCAGUUCCAGGAAGUUGCCAAUACCUACUUCCUGUUCCUUCUCAUUCUGCAGUUGAUCCCACAGAUCUCUUCCCUGUCCUGGUUCACCACCAUCGUGCCUUUGGUUCUUGUCCUUACCAUCACAGCUGUUAAAGAUGCCACCGAUGACUAUUUCCGCCACAAGAGUGAUAACCAGGUGAAUAACCGUCAGUCUCAGGUGCUGAUCAAUGGAAUCCUCCAGCAAGAGCAGUGGAUGAAUGUCUGUGUUGGUGAUAUUAUCAAGCUAGAAAAUAACCAGUUUGUGGCGGCGGAUCUCCUCCUUCUUUCUAGCAGCGAGCCCCAUGGGCUGUGUUACAUAGAGACAGCAGAACUCGAUGGAGAGACCAACAUGAAAGUACGUCAGGCGAUUCCUGUCACCUCGGAAUUGGGAGACAUCAGUAAGCUGGCCAAGUUUGAUGGUGAAGUGAUCUGUGAACCUCCCAACAACAAGCUGGACAAAUUCAGCGGAACCCUCUACUGGAAGGAAAACAAGUUUCCCCUGAGCAACCAGAACAUGCUGCUGCGGGGCUGUGUGCUGCGAAACACCGAGUGGUGCUUCGGCCUGGUCAUUUUUGCAGGUCCCGACACUAAGCUGAUGCAGAACAGUGGCAGGACAAAGUUCAAAAGAACGAGCAUUGAUCGCCUGAUGAAUACACUGGUGCUCUGGAUUUUUGGAUUCCUGGUCUGCAUGGGGGUGAUCCUGGCCAUUGGCAAUGCCAUCUGGGAACAUGAGGUUGGGGCGCGCUUCCAGGUCUACCUGCCCUGGGACGAGGCGGUGGACAGUGCCUUUUUCUCUGGCUUCCUCUCCUUCUGGUCCUACAUCAUCAUCCUCAACACCGUUGUGCCCAUUUCGCUCUAUGUCAGUGUGGAGGUCAUUCGUCUGGGCCACAGCUAUUUCAUCAACUGGGACAAGAAGAUGUUCUGCAUGAAGAAGCGGACGCCUGCGGAGGCCCGCACCACCACCCUGAAUGAGGAGCUGGGCCAGGUGGAGUACAUCUUCUCCGACAAGACGGGCACCCUCACCCAGAACAUCAUGGUCUUCAACAAGUGCUCCAUCAAUGGCCACAGCUACGGUGACGUGUUUGAUGUCCUGGGACACAAAGCUGAAUUGGGAGAGAGGCCUGAACCUGUCGACUUCUCCUUCAAUCCUCUGGCUGACAAGAAGUUUUUAUUCUGGGACCCCAGCCUCUUGGAGGCUGUGAAGAUGGGGGACCCCCACACACAUGAGUUCUUCCGCCUCCUUUCCCUGUGUCAUACCGUCAUGUCAGAAGAAAAGAAUGAAGGAGAGCUGUACUACAAAGCUCAGUCCCCGGAUGAAGGGGCCCUGGUCACUGCAGCCAGGAACUUCGGUUUCGUAUUCCGCUCUCGUACCCCCAAAACAAUCACCGUCCAUGAGAUGGGCUCAGCCAUCACCUACCAGCUGCUGGCCAUCUUGGACUUCAACAACAUCCGCAAGCGGAUGUCGGUCAUAGUGCGGAAUCCAGAGGGGAAGAUCCGACUCUACUGCAAAGGGGCUGACACCAUCCUGCUCGACAGACUCCACCACUCCACCCAAGAGCUGCUCAACACCACCACUGACCACCUUAAUGAGUACGCAGGGGAAGGGCUGAGGACCCUGGUCCUGGCCUACAAGGAUCUGGAUGAAGAGUACUAUGAGGAGUGGGCUGAGAGACGCCUCCAGGCCAGCCUGGCCCAGGACAGCCGGGAGGACAGGCUGGCCAGCAUCUACGAGGAGGUCGAGAGCAACAUGAUGUUGCUGGGUGCAACAGCCAUUGAGGACAAGCUUCAGCAAGGGGUUCCAGAGACCAUUGCCCUCCUGACGUUGGCCAACAUCAAGAUUUGGGUGCUAACGGGAGACAAACAAGAGACGGCUGUGAACAUUGGCUAUUCCUGCAAGAUGCUGACGGACGACAUGACCGAGGUGUUCAUAGUCACUGGCCAUACCGUCCUGGAGGUGCGGGAGGAGCUCAGGAAAGCUCGGGAGAAGAUGAUGGACUCAUCUCGCACUGUAGGCAACGGCUUCACCUACCAGGAGAAACUUUCUUCUUCCAAGCUCACUUCUGUCCUGGAAGCCGUCGCUGGGGAGUACGCCCUGGUCAUCAAUGGCCACAGCCUGGCCCACGCACUGGAGGCAGACAUGGAGCUGGAGUUUCUGGAGACGGCCUGUGCCUGCAAAGCUGUCAUCUGCUGCCGGGUGACCCCCUUGCAGAAGGCACAGGUGGUAGAACUGGUUAAGAAGUACAAGAAGGCUGUGACACUUGCCAUUGGCGAUGGAGCCAACGAUGUCAGCAUGAUCAAAACGGCUCACAUUGGCGUGGGCAUCAGUGGGCAGGAAGGGAUCCAGGCUGUCCUGGCCUCCGAUUACUCCUUCUCCCAGUUCAAGUUCCUGCAGCGCCUCCUGCUGGUGCACGGGCGCUGGUCCUACCUGCGCAUGUGCAAGUUCCUCUGCUAUUUCUUCUACAAGAACUUUGCUUUCACCAUGGUCCACUUCUGGUUUGGCUUCUUCUGCGGCUUCUCCGCCCAGACUGUCUAUGACCAGUAUUUCAUCACCCUAUAUAACAUCGUGUACACUUCCCUACCAGUGCUGGCUAUGGGGGUCUUUGAUCAGGAUGUCCCUGAGCAGCGGAGCAUGGAGUACCCUAAGCUGUAUGAGCCAGGCCAGCUGAACCUUCUCUUCAACAAGCGAGAGUUCUUCAUCUGCAUUGCCCAGGGCAUCUACACCUCCGUGCUCAUGUUCUUCAUCCCCUAUGGGGUGUUUGCCGAGGCCACCCGAGACGAUGGCACCCAGCUGGCUGACUACCAGUCCUUCGCAGUCACUGUGGCCACGUCCUUGGUCAUUGUGGUUAGCGUGCAGAUUGGGCUGGACACAGGCUACUGGACGGCCAUCAACCACUUCUUCAUCUGGGGAAGCAUAGCUGUGUACUUUGCCAUCCUCUUUGCCAUGCACAGCAACGGGCUCUUUGACAUGUUUCCGAACCAGUUCCGGUUUGUGGGGAACGCCCAGAACACUCUGGCCCAGCCCACAGUGUGGCUGACCAUCGUGCUCACCACGGUCGUUUGCAUCAUGCCUGUGGUCGCCUUUCGGUUCCUCAGGCUCCACCUGAAGCCCGAUCUCUCCGACACGGUCCGCUACACCCAGCUGGUGAGGAAGAAGCAGAAAGCCCAGCACCGCUGCAUGCGUCGGGUUGGCCGCACCGGUUCCCGGCGCUCUGGCUACGCCUUCUCCCACCAGGAGGGUUUUGGGGAGCUCAUCAUGUCCGGCAAGAACAUGCGGCUCAGCUCCCUGGCGCUGUCCAGCUUCACCACCCGCUCCAGCUCCAGCUGGAUUGAGAGCCUGCGCAGGAAGAAGAGUGACAGCGCCAGCAGCCCCAGUGGCGGGGCGGACAAGCCCCUCAAGGGGUGAAGGCUGGGAUGGAUCCCUGUGCCGGGUACCAGAGCACGCAGGGCCGGCUGCGUGCCGAGGGAACAGUCUUGGAACUGCUGGUCCUCGCUCCUUCCUCCCUGCUGGCCCCACCAGGAGUGGCUGAGGGCCCUGCCACCAGCUGGGGAGGUGUGGGGAGCGGGCCCAGGGGCAGAGCCGGGGCUGGGGAAUCAGGAACCAGCCCCAGAGAGGGAUCAGAUGUGGAACCAAAAAUAAGAAAAAACUGUGAGAGAUUGGGUCUGCCCCUGCCCUGCCCGGGAGCCUACAGGGAGACUGUAAUCUCGUAUUUUUUUACUCCUACUCCCCAAAGGGGCCUAGCGCCCCUGUUCCUGAAUUACACAAGAAUGUAUCAUGCCGGGAAGCCAGAGACCUGCUGGGGCCUCUGGGCCCCUCACAUUGUGUGUGUCUCUCUUUGGUUUGUGUUGUGUCCAGUUUGGUUUUGUCUUUUUUAUUUGGCAGGUGGAGGAGGCCUUUAUGUGACUUUUAUGUUGUGGUUGGUGUCUUAACUCUCCUGGGAAGAGGAGGCUGGCACACACUGGGAUGCCCUAGCCCAGCUGGAUAUAGAAUGGUUUGGGAGGAGCCACCUCCCUUGGGUGUCCUUGCAGUGGCUAGUGCCCUUGCGGGGCAGAGGGGCUGACCCGGGGGAGGUACCGGUCAGCCAGAGGGUGUCAGGAGAGUAUGAAGGAGGGUUUGGUCCUGUCUCCUUCCUCACCUUGAGAGUAAAGUGCUACCCUCUGCCCUCAACACACACCCACACCAAUUCCUGGAUUCCAUAAGUCCUGCUGAUACUGGGCUGGACCCUGGGAAAGUGGCCCCAUCAUUCUCAGUGAGCUAAAGCUGGGUAUGAAAUUUGGUCCAGAAAAAAAGAAAUAGUUUUAAAAUUUAGCCCCAAGUUCAUUAACAGACUCCAUUUUGACUCCCCCUUUCCCUCCUCAUCUGUUGCUUUCUUGCACCUACACCCCAGGACCCUGAGGCAGGGCUGAAGGGGAACCUGGACUCUUUGCCCCCUUCUCCUGGUGAAGGCCCCACCCCUCCAGGCCCGCGUCUGGCAGGAGGUGGUGCAGUCCCAGUACUGGGCGGUGGUGGAGGAGGGUGAGGCUGGGCGGGAGACCGCCCGCGCAGUGCCUGGCGUGUUCUGGACAGGACUCCGUGGGAGCCUCAGCACAGCCUGUCCCUUUUCUCUACCCUCCACACCUAUGAAGCUGUUCCCCAAAUUAGGCAUUUUCUAGUUAGUUGCUACCUGAUCAGCCUUGGGAAGAAUCCUUUCCUCUUCUUUGGUAGUGUGUGGGGGGCACUUCAGGAACGGUGUGGAGCUGGGAGUGGGGUGGGGAUUUUAUGUGCUCCAUGCGAGAGCCCCAGAGGAGCUGGCGGUGGGCGGCAGGGAGGUGGGGGUGGGGGCAGGGGAAAGGGGAAGUCUUCACAGGGAAAUCCCUUUUGGCCGCACAGUUUACAAACCCAGUAUCAUGUCUGUCUGUGUGUCUCUCAAGGUGAGAGUCUGAUUUUUAUACCAAAGAGGAAAUGAUUUUUUUUCAUAUUUGGUUUGUCUAUAUUAUAUAAAUAUAUAUAUAUAUAUAAUAUACAGUUAUAUAUAUAUUAUUUUUUUGGUUCUCUCUCGUUUUUUAGGGAGGGAGGAAAGUACCAAGUUGCAUUGAGCUGUAAUUAAGGAACAUUCUGUAUAAUUUAUGACACAUUUCUAUACUUGCAAAAGUUAUAUCAUUUUAUGGAUAUAAGAGAAAAAUGCUUUUUAUAAAAUUUCAAUUUCUGA